CGUGUGCAGCGAGUAUGUUAGUGAAGGUUUGUGCCCUGACACAACAUGUUUGAAGAGCUUCUGCAGGCUCCUGCUUUGGCCUCCUGGUUGGGGCUUCUUGCAGGCUUGCUGGCCGUCUAUCUUUUGUACUCCAGUUGGACUUUCCAGGAUGAACAGAAGCGUCCUCCUGGGCCCAGACCUCUUCCCUUGCUUGGUAACCUGCAUCAGUUGGACCUUCAGAGGCUUGAUAAUUCUCUUUUUAAGCUGUCUAAAAGGUACGGACCGGUAUUUACCGUAUACUUGGGACUCAAGAAGGUGGUGGUCCUGGCUGGAUGCAAGACAGUCAGACAGGCUCUCAUCAACCAUGCUGAGGAGUUUGGGGAAAGAGAAAUCAACCCUUUGUUCCACGAUUCUGCCAAAGGGCAUGGCAUAACAUUCUCCAACGGUGAUAGCUGGAAGGAAAUGAGGCGCUUUACCUUAACGACUCUGAGAGAUUUUGGGAUGGGCAAGAGACUCAGUGAGGAGAAAAUCACCGACGAGUGUCACUACCUGAUUGAUGAGUUUGAAAAACAUAAAGGCAAAGCUUUUUACAACAAAACAAUCAUCAGCUACGCUACUUCAAAUAUCAUUUCGGCCAUCAUGUUCGGAAAGAGGUUUGACUUUAAAGAUGCAGUCCUCCGACAUAUGGUGAAAAAUGACCAAGAAAUCACUCGUCUGGCUGGAUCUGCUUCCAUGGUGAUCUACAAUGCAUUUCCCAAGCUGGGUCCUUGCCUUAAAAACUGGAGGGAUAUAAUGAAGAAUAUGGAGAAUACCAAGCAGCAUUUAUUGCACUUAAUAAACAAAUUAAGGGAGACUUUCAAUCCUGACAUAUGUCGGUGCUUUGUCGAUGCUUUCUGCACACGUAAACUGAGUCUGGAGGAGUCUGACGCCCAUGAAGUGCACUACCACAAUGACAACCUGGUUUACAGCGUAAUCAAUUUGUUUAUUGCUGGGACUGACACAACAUCAACCACUCUUCGCUGGAGUCUACUUUUGAUGGCCAAGUACCCUCAAAUACAAGAUCGGGUCCAGGAAGAGCUUAGUAGAGUGGUGGGAGACCGUCAGAUCACAAUGGAGGACAGGAGGAACCUGCCUUACAUCGAUGCUGUCAUCCACGAGACGCAGAGGUUCGCCAACAUUGUUCCCCUGUCCGUCACGCGCAGCACCAGCAGAGACGUCACCUUCCAGGGAUACUUCAUUGAAAAGGGGACCACUGUGCUCCCUCUGCUGACAUCUGUCCUCUAUGAUGAGAGUGAGUGGGAGACACCAAACACCUUCAACCCUUCCCACUUCCUGGACGAGGAGGGUAAAUUCAUCAAAAGGGAUGCGUUCUUGCCUUUUUCUGCAGGCCGCAGGGCUUGUCUUGGGGAAGGUCUGGCCCGGAUGGAGCUCUUCCUCUUCUUCACACACCUCCUGCAGCGCUUUCGAUUCACCCCUGCACCCGGGAUGUCAGAGGACCAGCUGGAUUUUACCCCAGUGGUGGGCUUUACACUCAGUCCUCUACCACAUCAGUUGUGUGCUCUCAGUCGCCACUGAGAAGAAGUUGUUUAGAUGAAAGUAAAAGGAGUGUCUAAUACCUUUACACUCACUCUGGUAAUUGAGGAUCAUUGAUUAACAUUAUUAAAGGGGAACAUUAUCACAGUUUCUGAAGGGUUAAAACCAAUAAAAAGUGGCUUAUUUUAUUUUUCGAAGUUUUUCUCAAAAUGUUACCCAUCAUGCAAUCUCCAGAAAAACUGCUUCAAAGUGCCUGAUUUUCACCAUCGGUAUAUCCACCCGUCCAUUAUCCUGUGACGUCACAGCGUGAAACCACACAGAAACAAACAUGGCGAAUAGCACAGAAAGGCAUAGCGACAGUAGCUCGGAUUCAGACUCUGAUUUCAGCGGCGUAAGGAGGCAGGUAGCGAAAACGAAAUUGAAGAAGAAACUGAAGCUAUUGAACCAUAUCGCUUUGAACCGUAUGUAGUGAGUCUUAUUCUGCGUUGUGUAGUUUUUUUUAAGUAAGAGACACUCCACCAUUCCGUUGUUUCAUCAUUUAUUGGCCACCUGUUUUGGAAACACAUAAACUUUUCUGGCGGAGUGAUACCUCAUCAUCAAAAGUCCGAUAGAAGAGGAAAUAAACAACAUUCAUUCAUACAAAAAUAAUAAUUUAAAUUACAUUAACAAGAAGGUUUUAUCACAAAAAAAAUAAUAAUACACAAAUCCACAUACCUGUUUUGGAAACACGAAACACAUGAACAGGUCUCUACUUUUCUGGCGGAGUGAUACCUGCGUAAAUACCAUGUGUAAUCAUGACCAAACAUUUCAAACAUUCGACGCUCUAAUCCUUAUUUAACAAAAUUGUACAUAAAAAAAUACUUAAAACAACACAUCACUUAUACCUACAACAUUAAUGUUUUAACUUUUAAAGUAUUAUGAAAGUUUAGAAAUAAUAUUUACACAAGAAACACGGAGCAAUGAAGAACUAUUACCUCAUCAUCAAAAGUCCGAUAGAAGAGGAAGUAAAUAUCCGAAAAAACAGCAAAGUCACUUCCUGCACCGGACAUCCGGUUCUUCAAAAUAAAACCAAUACUUCAAAAUAAAACAUAACACCUUGUAUCGUUCAUAAUAUAGCGCAACAACAUCACAUUAGGAGGAAGCGAAUUCGGCGAUCGCCUUCUAACCAACGAUUGGUAUGUGUUUGUUUGGCAUUAAAUGUGGGUGGAGGGAAAGAUGCAAUAAUGAUGCAAAUAAUGAUGCAAUAUGUACAUACAGCUAGCCUAAAUAGCAUGUUAGCAUCGAUUACCUUGCAGUCAUGCCGUGAACAAAUAUGUCUGAUUAGCACACUCCACAUAAGUCAAUAACAUCAACAAAACACACCUUUGUGCAUUCAUGCUCAAUGUUAUAAGUUUGGUGGACAAAAUGAGACAGAAAAAGAAGUGGCAUAAAUCACGUCUUAGCCAAGACAUCCAGAGGGUUUACCUCGCUCGUCUGCGGGAACAGACUGCCGUCAUCGCUUGCCGUGCUCCCGAGGUCUGUUGUCCCUGAAUAGCUCACACACUACGGCAGAUUCAGUGGUCUAUUUUCCAAUAUUGCAGAUUUCUUUGACUUUAUCGUUGGAAAUGCAUCUGCUUUGAGUGUCGCAGGAUAUCCACACAUUUUUGCCAUCUCUAUCGUAGCAUAGCUGUCGUCGGUACAGUGUGCAGAACAAACGAGGGACUUUCGCAUCUUUUGACCGCUGGUGCAACUUGAAUCCGUCUCUGUUCCUGUUGUUACACCCUCCGACAACACACCGACGAGGCAUGAUGUCUCCAAGGUACGGGAAAACAGUCGAAAAAACGGAAAAUAACAGAGCUGAUUUGACUUGGUGUAUGUAAUGAGAUUGAGAAAAUGGCAGAUCGCUUCACGUUGUGAUGUCACGGGUGAAAGGCCAUCGCUCCGACAGGCGCACAAUUGAAAGGCGUUUAAAUCGCCAAAUUCACCCUUUUAGAGUUCGGAAAUCGGUUAAAAAAACAUAUAGUCUUUUUUUCUGCAACAUCAUGGUAAAUAUUGACGCUUAAAAAAGUCUGGUGAUAAUGUUCCCCUUUAACACUACAAUGGAGUGUUUUUGAGCUGCACUGCAAAUAAUGACUUAAAUGUGUGAUCAAUCAAAUAAUUCAUACUAGUGUUGUCCCGAUACCAAUAUUUUGGUACCGGCACUGGUACCAAAAUGUAUUUCAAUACAUUUCGGUACUUUUUGAUGCUUUUCUAGAUAAAGGGGACCACACAAAAUUGCAUUUUUUGCUUUAUUUUAACAAACAAUCUUAGGGGGACGUUAAGCAUAUGUUUCUCUUUUCAAGUUUGUCCUUAAAUAAAAUAGUGAACAUAUAAAACAACUUUUCUUUUAGUAGUAAGUAAACAAACAAAAGCUCCUAAUUUAGCUGCUGACAUAUGCGG